AUGCCGCUACAGGCCGUGGUCGAAAGGAGAAACAUCGUUUGCUCAAUUAUCUUUACACAUGACUCGGAGCUGGUGAUUUCAGGAUCAAGCAAUAGUUCGAUAGCAGUCUGGAGCAGGGAAACAGGCGACUGUCAACGAAUACUGGAGGGUCAUACAGAUUAUGUCCAGACAUUAGCCCUGUCGCAUGAUUCGAAAUCGAUGGUAUCAGGAUCAAGCGACGAUACCAUCAAGAUAUGGGAGACCGCAACAGGCACAUGCCAAGCAACACUGCAGGGCCAUAACAGAUGCGUUUAUAGAGUGGUCUUCUCCCAUGACUCAAAGCUCAUUGCUUCAGGUGCAUUCGACGGACACGUCAAUAUCUGGGACAGCGUAACGGGCGAGUGCCUGCAGACGCUAAGAGGCUGGCAAGAGGAGGAAGUAUUUACAUUGGCCUUCUCGCACGACUCAACGCGCAUAGUAUCAGGGUUGAACAACAACAUCAUCAAGAUCUGGGAUGUAACACCCGGGCGAUUUCCACUGCAGACGAUGUGCCAUGAUGACGGCGUCAAUAUGGUGACCUUCUCGCCUGACUCAAAGUUGGUGGUAUCAAGGUCGAACAAGAAUGCUAUUUACGUCUGGGAUAGUACAACAGGCAAGUGUUUGAGGAAACUACAAGGCCCUGAUACUUCCCGCGGUACGAUGGCCUGGUCGAAAGACUUGAAGUUUAUAGCUUCGUCUUCAUAUGACAAAGACGCAAGGAGGACCGAAAUAGUUAAGAUAUGGGAUAAUUUCGUGCUCAGUAGUGUUGUCUGCCCGUCAGGGAAACUACAUGUAGUGGAAGGAGAUGAGUAA